AUGACUAUGGAGCCAGACAUUGAAUCCAAGUACGCUCAUAACGGCAAGGUUAUGGUCGGCACCGCCAUUCUCCUCUUCGUUCUCAUAAUCCUCAUUAUUUUGUUCAACACCUACGUCCGCUUCUGCCGCCGUCGCCGCCUCGCUCUUUCUUCUCAUUCGCUUCCGACAACUUCCUCCGCCGAGCCCUGCCUCGACCCUUCCGUCCUCAAGUCCCUCCCCACUUUCUCCUUCUCCGCCGCCGUCCACUGCUCGCUCCAGGACUGCGCUGUCUGCCUGUCGGAGUUCGCCGACGGCGACAAAGGCCGCGUGCUCCCCAACUGUAACCACGCUUUCCACGCCAACUGCAUCGACACCUGGUUCGCCUCUCACUCCACUUGUCCUCUCUGCCGAACCCUGGUCCAACCGGUCGCGGCUUGCCCUGACGCUGAACCCGGUUCGGUUCCGGUUUCCGAAGCGGAGGAGGGUUGUUCUUCGUCUUUACCUCCCCCAAUUGGGUGUCCGAGAAAGCCUUUGGGUAUAAUCAUAGAGGUGGCAGAGGUGGAAAGAGGGUUGGAUCCCGUAACCGGAGACGAAGGAUUCAGAUGCUCAUUGAAGAGGUUUUGUAACGUUUAA